AGGACGCGGCAAAGCAUAGAGAGAAUCUCCUGGAGUCAGCACGGUGUCAUGUAGGGAUAACCGCAAUAUCAGUUAUACUACUGUACUGUAGCUGCACGCGGUGGGGGGUAGUUUGUCCGUGUAGACUUCAACAGGACCGUACUUGUUCCAGUACAGGAGUGUAAUAUAAAACAGGAAAUCGUUUUUAUCUCAAGCGUCGUUCUCCCAAUGGGAUAAGGGCAACAACUGGUGACAUUUUUAUUUGACAGCGCGGUGCAGCGGAGUUGGGGCACUGGAUAUAUAAAUGAGUCAUUUACAAAAUCCGUCUUAAAUAUUGAUAUACCUAUAUUUCGCGUUUAACUGGGUUGAAAUAGCAUUUUCUUUUUACAAACGAGGAAUACAAUCGGUAUUUUCGAUGUGACUAUGUUGCUGUCAAAGUUAGGCUCAUUUUCACACAUUUGCAAUCCCUCAAGCAUGGAUCACUUGCCGGUGAAAAUACAGCUCCAAACAGUUAAACUGGAAAAGGAGCCUUUCGAGAAAUUUUAUCAGGUCGGGACUGUGUUGGGGAGUGGGGGUUUCGGCACGGUGUACGCAGGAAACCGGAUUUCUGAUGGCGCACCGGUCGCUGUAAAACAUGUAGCGAAGGAAAGAGUGACCGAGUGGGGCACGAUUAACGGUGCCAUGGUGCCUUUGGAAAUCCUCCUACUGAAGAAAGUGAGUUCGUCGUUUCGGGGGGUUAUUAAACUGCUGGACUGGUACGAGCGACCGGACGGCUGGUUGAUCGUCAUGGAGAGACCGGAGCUCGUCAAAGAUUUAUUUGAUUUCAUCACGGAGAAGGGCGCGCUGGACGAGGACACGGCGAGGGGGUUUUUCCGGCAGGUUGUGGAUGCGGUGCGGCACUGUUACAGCUGCGGGGUGGUGCACAGAGACAUCAAAGACGAGAACUUGCUCGUGGAUCUCCGUACCGGGGAUCUCACGCUUAUUGACUUUGGCUCCGGAGCCAUUCUCAAGGACACGGUGUACACCGAUUUUGACGGUACCAGAGUCUACAGCCCCCCUGAGUGGAUCCGCUUCCAUAGAUACCACGGUCGUUCGGCAACGGUGUGGUCGCUAGGCGUCCUGCUGUAUGACAUGGUGUGUGGGGACAUCCCCUUUGAGCAGGACGAGGAGAUCCUGAGAGGACGACUGUACUACAGGAGACGGGUGUCCAACGAGUGCCAGCAGCUGAUCGACUGGUGCCUGUCUGUACGUCCAUCGAACCGGCCCACCCUGGACCAGGUGCUGGAGCACGUCUGGAUGACCCUCCCGCUGGGGCCCCCGUCUGGCACUGGGGGGCAGGGCCACGUCACCCUCACCAGUCUGGACCCCCUGCAGCCAGGCCCAGACAGGCCCAGCCAGGACUCUCUCUGAGGGGGAGGGGGAGGAGA